AUGCUUCACCUUACGAUGUUCAAAAUUCGAUCACGACCUAUCGCCGAAAUCGAAAUCGAAAUCGAAAUCGAAAUCGAAAUCAAAGUGGAAGUGAAACUCAAAUCGAUCGAUCUCAAGUACCUGUUAUGUUAUCAUUCCCAUAUAAUACGUCCUUCCCCAUGCUCCAUGAUGUACUCACCUAUCCCUCAGAUCGGACUGACACUCAGACUAGAGACCUGGAAGGGGACCCUACGGAUGACUAUCUCUGGAUGCAAGCUUGCCCUUGAUUUUAGCACACGAUUAGGUACGAUUUUCCAUGAGGGAGAUAGACUCCAUGAGGGAGAUAGACCUGCCAGUGGGGCUGUAGGAAUGGAUAGACCUACAGAUGGAACGAGUAUCUCAAGCAUCCUCGAGAAUUUCGUUCGAUCCCAGCAUAAAGACCGUUCUAAAUCAUUUGUCAAUUGGUUCAAAGAUCGUCGAAGAAAUGCGGGAUUAACGAAAAAUGAUGUGGGAUUCAAGGUUGUACAUAGUCGAUCGGAUUUCGAAUCGGCUCUACCUCCCUUGAGCUUGGUGUCGUAUCAACUUCCAGCUGAUGAGGAAGAGUUUCAAGAUUAUCUGAAAAGCUUGGAUGGUUAUACAUUUUGUGAUUUGAAGGGUGAACCUCUGCCAUCGACGGUAUCAGAGGGAUGGAUCUGGCCUGUAAACGUACCUAGGCAAGAGACGGCUGUUAAUUCUUGGUCCAGCUGGCUGUCAAUGUUGUCCUAUUUCCAGUGA